UACAGACUGUCAGAGGAGCAGUACCAAACAGCUAGGAGUGAUGCCAAGCCACCCUAGCCAUCUGCAGAAUCAGUAAUUGUAGUGCUCAUAGAUUAUAAGGUUUAAAAAUAGGCUGCUGGUAUUCAAAUUGAACUUGAUUUGCAGAGAAAAAGGGAUCUCUUUUUCCAAUUUCUGCAGUUCGUGAAAGAACAGUGAAGAUUGCCAAAGGAACUGGAAACUACCCUUGGGGAUUCCGUAUCCAGUUCUCAAAACCUAUUCUUGUCACUGAAGUCGAUACAAACAGCGCAGCUGAAGAAGCAGGGCUGCAGGUUGGGGAUAUUCUGAUAGCAGUCAAUGGAACUGAUGUAACUAGCAUGCCACACUCAGAAGCUGCCAAUAUGGCAAGGAAAGGCCCUGAUAUCCUAACUAUGGUGGUGGGAUCAGAUAUAAGCCGUUACCCUAACACCCCCAGGCCUACCUGCCGAGGAUACUUGCACAAACGAACACAAUCAGCAAUAUUGAAGGGAUGGAGGAAGAGAUGGUUUGUGCUGAAGCAUAAUGGCUAUCUACACUAUUACAAACACAAGAAGGAUGAAGGAAAGUGCAGACCCUUGGAAGUUACAAAGUUGGAAGGAGCGGAAAUUGGUGUUGACACGAGUCUGGGUAAACCUUUUGUUUUUAAGUGCAUACCUCAAAGUGGAAACAGGAUUUUCUACUUCUGUGCAACUUCUAACCAAGAAAUGAAGAGGUGGCUGGAGGCUAUGGAGAAAGCAGUGCAUCCUGUCCAUCAGCUCUACUCAAUGCUGGCCUCUGUGGCUGGGAGAAACAUGGCUGUAAGUGGUCUUGAGCUUCAAAAGGGAGACCUAGUGCUGUCCAAGAUAAUUUAA